AUGAACAACACCAAGAAUACUCUGAGUAGCGUGAGGGACGUGAUUCCUGAAAUUGGAGGAAACUUUCAGCUGGACCCGGCUGUAAUCGAAAGUAAGGAUUCCAAGCACCUGAAUGACCCGACUAAGAAAUCUGGACUAAGUAUAUCAGAGCUUCCUAAAGGAACCCAAGUUCUUUCUGCAAGCAGCUAUGGCACCUCUCUCUGGACACGCACUGCCCGAGUGGACACAAUUGUCAAUGGGGAAAAGAAGGACUACUUCUUGAAGUGUGCUACAGAAGCCGGGGCUGUAAUGACGGAGGGAGAAUUCCAUUCUAUCUCGGAGAUUUACAAGCUGAUUCCAACACUCACUCCCCGGCCUGUGGCUUGGGGUAAAUUCCUCAAUUCGAAAAUCGACACGUAUUUCUUCCUGUGCGAUUUUGUCAACAUGUCUUCAGAAUUGCCUGACCCGGUGAUGUUCUGUGCUCGAAUUGCGCAACUUCAUCGCGAAAGUAUCUCACCAACUGGCAAGUUUGGUUUUCACGUCAAGAACUGCAAGGGGAAAACACCCCAGCCGAUAGAAUGGGAAGCAAGUUGGACGCGCUAUUUCACAAGACUGAUCAGCUACGUACGUCAGCGCUGGAAUGUCCUGACUUGUCUUAUUAUUAUUAUACGGAGGACUUGGAUUCUGACUGGUACCCAGGGCUUUGAGAAAGACCUUGUAUCCAAUGGUCCAUGGCCCGAAUAUGAAAAGACAUUUGCCCUGCUCGUGAAGCAUGCCAUUCCUCAAAUUUUAGAUCCUCUGACCGAAGAAGGCAGAAUCAUCAAGCCGUGCCUCGUUCAUGGUGAUUUAUGGGAAGGGAACACCACCACCAACCUCGACACAGGAGAGCCCAUGAUAUUCGACGCAGCUGCCUUCUACGCACACAAUGAAUACGAGCUAGGCAUUUGGAGGCGUGACAUGGUCAAGUUCGACCAUCCCUAUUUCUCCCACUACUUUUGCAAUUUCCCUGUCAGCGAGCCUGCGGAUCAAUUCAACGACAGGAACGCGCUGUACUGUUUGAAGUUUGAUUUGGACUACUGCCUACAUAGACCAGGCUUGCCUUUGGUCCGCGAACAGUUCGUGCUGGAAAUUCCCUCGACUCAUCACUGA